AUGGCUGUGGCCGAUGGGGUGGGGAUAAUGCAGGGGUCGUCGGGGAGCUCGGUUACGUCGACACCGUCGUGGAGUGAUUUGCUGCACUUUGACAACGUUGACGCUUUGGGGGGUGGUAUUGUUUCCGGCUUGGUUGUCCCUACCUCGGACGUCAGUGUGAUGGGCGCAAAUCAAGGCCAGACGGAUGAUUUGGGUAUCGCCGAGCUAAUGGACGCUGGAGGAUGUGCUUAUCAGUUUGAUCCGAAGUUUGCAAUGGAUUUUGAGAAUGAUCUUCUACACCUUUCAACUACCACCCAAGCUGCCGUGCCAGCUGUUUCUAGUCAUACCUACUCGCCUUCUUCUCUCAGUCUUCCGAGACAUCUUCAAGAAGUUGGCAGUCAAUAUAUAUCUCCUCCACAGCUCGCAACUCAGCCCGUUACCUCCCAUCCUGCUCUCGAUACCAACACUCUGCACUCUGUAUCUUCAUCGUCUUCAUCUUCUUCAGUCACACAGAGUCCACCAGGAUCUUCCGCACACUCAGUCGCUCCACGUCGCAAAAGAGAACAAACCACUUCGUCCGAUCCGUCUGACGCUGCCGCUGAGAAGCGUCGCCGUAACACGCUCGCCGCGAGGCGGUUCCGACAACGACAACAAGAUCGAAUUGCACAGUUGGAGCGGGCGUUAGAACAGGUUGCUCAAGAACGAGACGAAUUGAAAAUGCAGGUUGCAAAGUGGGAAGGCGAAGCGACGGCCCUCAGAGGCAUACUUGGAAAGAGGUCAAGCCGCGAGUAG